AUGACUCCUAUCGUUCUGGAGCUUGUUGCUCCCCCUAUCCACCAUUUCAACAGUCGAAGCUACGAACUUCGGGACAUUUCUCCCUUGACAGGGCAUGUCAUUGUUUCGAGCCCAGUCUCACUGAGACCCAACCCGACCCGAAUUGACGUCAAGCUCAUCCAAAUUGUGACGUAUACGGGCGAUAGCACGCAGACCCGCCGACUUUCAGGUUCCACGAGCGAAUCGAUCAAAACGAGAUCCUUCAGUGAACGGGUCGUGCAAGAAGACCAUCUGCCAAUUCCGUCGAGGGAAAAGAUGGGCAUCUCAACCUGGGGAAACAUCUCGGCCUUCCGCUUCUCCUUCGACAUUUCGAGAAACACACCCCCAACGUCAGAGACGCCCAUUGGAAGCAUCACAUACGCAAUAGAAGUCACAGCAGCAACGCGAGAUUUCGGGACCAUCACGCACCGCAAGUCUGUCAAGCUCAGCUGUCAUAACAUUCGGGUUGACUCAGAAAAGACCCCACAUCAGCUAUACUUCCCGGCCUCGAACGACAUCCACGGAAUGACCCUCACGCAAAAUAGCACACCGAGAUCUGGCCCGAGGAUCUCCUUCACAGCCACGAUACACACUCUCUGGAAGACUGCUCCAGCAAGCCGACCAUCCGAGCUUCGGUGUCUGGUGGUGCGAAAGCUCAUGUGGCAAGCUGAAGAGGUAGUUAAGAUCAUGAGCAAGCCAGUCAACUCGAAUGGAAAAUACUCUAUCUGCGAACGACAAUUGGUCCGCACACUGUGUGAUGGAAGCGUCAAGGGGUCCUGGGGGUCUGAACAGGAGCCGUAUUUUGGGGACGGUCAAUCAAGUGAGGGAGGUGGUGAAGAAAAGCCAGCUAGUAUUUGCAUUCCGUUUGGCUUUACAAUCCCAACACGAGCAAAGGUCACGGAUGACAUCGACCUAGCCGCAUACGACGUCGACGCGAACAGGCUUGAGGAUUCUUCAUGCUAUCAACUUCCUCGGGGGCCGUCUCUACCCUCGACGGAUGCCAUGAUGAUGGCCAUUGUUGUUCAUCAUCGCUUGAAGCUGGAAUUUGUGGUAGGAGAGGAUGUGUUUCAUCGGGAUACUGGCAAGCUGGUGGAACGAAAGCGGUCGCGCACUGUUCUAUGCCCUGCAGUACCGUUGAGUGUUUGUGAAGUAUCCAAUUAG